UCGCCAGCAUCGCCCGCAUCGGGGACAGCAAGUUCGUCUCCCAGGCAUGGAAGACCAGACGAUUUGGGUAUUGGUUCCUCCCAACUAUCUCCCAAUAUUUGUUGGUGGCCUUGACCCCAACGUCAGUGAAGAUGUCUUGAAACAAGUUUUUGCUCCUUAUGGGGAAGUUGUCCAUGUCAAGAUCCCUAUUGGAAAGAGAUGCGGUUUUGUCCAGUUUGCUAACAGGCCUUCUGCUGAGCAAGCUCUUCAAAUGCUGCAAGGGACCUUGAUUGGUGGGAAGAAUGUGAGGCUUUCAUGGGGAUGAAGCCCUUCGAAUAAACAGGCUC